GUGCAACGAACAUAUAAGAACGUUCGUAGAUCAAUGAAGUACAUCACUUUUCGGUCCACUUAGGAUCUUCUCACCUUCCACGUCUACGAACUCUGGCCUGGCGCCGUACUGUCUUUCACCCGAUUUUAUUCUUCCAAUAGUUCGCUAGUCGAUCUCAAAUUCUGUUUCAACUUUUGCUAACUGUUCCAGUUGUCGCUAGUCGACGUUGCUCUCACUGUUUUUUCACUCUUUUGUACUUGCAAAGAAGUUCUUCACGCGUGAUGCAGUUGUCAAUCGUUUUCGCUGUGCUAUUAGCAUGCAUUCUAAACUGGCCCGUCACCAGGACGCGGGCUAACCCAAGGAUGAUUACAAUGCCACUGAAACGGUUAUACGCUCCACGGACCGACGUCCACCCACAAUUGCUUCUCCAACAACACAUUAACCGUGGCAACAAACGCCUUGCGCGCAUGACCGGACGUUCAGAACCUCCUGAACAUGAACUCCGUGCAGAGAUGCACAAGAGGAUGUACAUUCUUGAAAGCGCUUCAGUCAGUGCCAGUAGCGCUACCACAGUGGCAAGGAGCAACUUUAGCAGACGCCAUUCACGUUAUUCCAAACCUUCUACAAAGGCAGCAAGCAAUGUUUCUUCCACCGGCACUGGUAGUGGAGUUUCUGCUCUCGAUAUCCAGGCUGCUGAAAAUGGCGGUCUCACUCAUGCCAAGCAGCCUACUGCUAAUAAUACUCUUGGCCUCGCUAUUGAUGCAGAUGAUGUCGGAUAUAUUGCAACUAUCCAGAUUGGUACUCCCCCCCAGAACUUUAAUAUCCUUAUGGACUCUGGUUCCGCCGACUUCUGGGUCGGUAGUGAAUCUUGUCAAUCUCAGCAGGGUACUUGUGGGAACCAUACUUUCCUUGGCUCCAAGUCGUCAAGCUCUUUCGUUCAGUCCAAUCAAAAUUUCAAUGUGACGUAUGGGUCUGGAAACGUUGCUGGUGUUCUUUGCCAGGACAACGUCAACAUGGCGGGUUUGCAGCUCAAAAACCAUACCUUCGGCGUAGCAAACGAGGAGAGUGUGCAAUUCUCUGCCGACACCGUGCCUUUUGAUGGGUUGAUGGGUCUUGCCCAAUCAACACUUUCCAAUGAAAAGGUCCCAACUCCUGUCGAAUCUUUGGCGUCCAAUGGUCUCAUCUCCUCAGCUAUUUCGUCUUUCAAGAUCUCACGUCUCGCCGAUCAACUUAACGACGGCCAAGUUACAUUCGGCGGACUGGACUCCACUAAAUUCGUCGCCAGCACCCUUAUUACGAUCCCCAAUGUCAGCAAGAUAGGGUUCUGGGAGGGCGCUCUCAACGCAAUCACGGUCAACGGGCAAAACACAGGCAUGACCGGGCGCACUGCCAUCCUUGAUACUGGCACCACUCUCAUCAUCGCCCCUCCGGCGGAUACCCUAGCAGUCAUGGCUAUGCUUGGUGGCAAAUGUGAUACUCAGCAGUGUACGAUUCCGUGCACGUCGAAUGCAAGCGUCGCGCUUUCCUUUGGAAACGCGUCGUUUACUAUCGAUCCCAGAGACAUGGUGGUGCUGCCUGUAGACGUCAAUGAUCCAACUGGUGACUGCACAGCUGGGAUUCAGCCUGGCACCAUCGGGACGGACACGGAAUGGCUGGUCGGAGAUGUGUUUUUGAAGAAUGCGUAUCUCUCUGUGGACACGAAGAAUAACCAAAUUUCUUUGGCCAAGCUUUCGUAGUUUCUGCCCCGUGAACUACCUAAUGGUUACGGGGUGUAGUUGAUUGUUUUCUACCAGCAGGACCGCGGGAUCGAUUCUUCUUAGAUUCGGGGGAAGGCAUUGAAUUAUCUACAAGUUGUAUCAUAAUCAUCAUUCAUUACUAUCAUCACGCACGAUAUCAAU